CGGCACCGCAGCAGCACUCUCACCCGAGCCCAGAACCGCAGCGGAACCGCAGCACUCUCAUCCGAGCCUAGAACCGGAGCGGAACCGCAGCACUAGAACAGGAACGGAACCCUCUCAGCAGCACCGGCAGCCUGAAGGAGCUGUUUAUUGACCCCCACGCACACACGGAGCGCUUUGGAAGGAGAGGCGAGAGACGAGAGGAAGACGUGAGGAAGAGGAGGACGAGGAGGACGAGGAGGAGAGCACCAUGACAGCGUUCCUACUCUUCAUCUCACACGCCGUGCUGCUACUGAUGCUGCCAGACCACAGCGUGGCAGGAAAUAAAGAGCUUUUAGUCACCACUAUCAAGCAAGACCCGUACACCAUGGCCAAGGGCUCGGUGCUGGAGGGCUACUGCAUGGACCUGCUGGGGGAGCUGGCCAAGAAGCUGGGCUUCAGCUACAGGGUGCAGCUGGUCAAGGACGCCGCCUACGGACGCGUGGACGACGCCGGACACUGGAACGGCAUGAUAGGAGAGGUCAUCAGAGGGGAGGCGGACCUGGCGGUGGCUCCGUUGACCCUGACGGCGGCGCGUGAGCGGGUGGUUGGCAUGACGAAGCCCUUCAUGCAGACGGGCAUCAGCAUCCUGCUGCGGCGGGACGGCGGAGUCGAGGACGCCGCACUCUUCCACUUCCUGUCGCCCUUCUCCACCGACACCUGGGUGGGCGUGGUCAUCGCAUACCUGCUGACCGCCGCCUGCUUCUGCCUGGUGUGCAGGCUGAGCCCACACGAGUGGAGCCAACCAGAGUCAGAGGAGAAUCACUUCACACUGCUGCACAGCCUGUGGUACGCCGCGGGAGCACUCAGUCUGCAAGGUGCGGGGCCACACCCCCGGGCGGUGUCUGCGCGGGUGCUGAGCGCCACCUGGUGGCUGUUUGCGCUGGUGCUGCUCUCCUGCUACUUCUCCAACCUCAGCUCGUCCCAGCCGCCCGACGCCGCCCACCUCAGGAUCAAGGGCUUCGAGGACCUGGCCAAUCAGGAGGUGAUCGAGUACGGCACGCUGUCCGGCUCCUCCACACUCGCCUUCUUCAAGAACUCCAACAACCCUGCGUACCGGCGGAUCUACGAGCACAUGGAGCGGCGGAAGAGCCUGGUGUCCUCCAUGGACGAGGGGGUGCAGCGCGCCAAGGAGGGAAACUUCGCCUUCAUCGGGGAGUCCGUCUCGCUGGACCUGGCCGUCGCACGCUACUGCGAACUCGUCCGCGCGCACGAGGUCAUCGGGAUGAGGGGCUACAGCAUCGUCACGCCGCUAGGCUCCCCCAUGCUGAAGAACUUGAGUAUCGCGGUGCUGCAGCUGAGUGAGGCGGGUGAGCUGGCGUACCUGCGCAGCAAGUGGUGGGCAAGCAGCUGCAUGGCCGGCGGGGGUCGAGGGUCGGGGGGCAAAGGUCACGGCCUGCGCGGCAUCUUCCUGCUGCUGGGGGUCGGUCUCGGGGUCGCGCUGCUCAUCGCCCUCCUGGAGCUCACCGCACGAGCACGCCGCCGAGCACAGGAGCAGAGGAAGUCCUGCUGCACAGUGCUCUCUCAGGAGCUGAGCCAGCGUUUGAGAGGUGGGGGUGCAGACAACCACGAGGAGAGUGCAGAGAAGAGCAAAGCCUGAACACACACACACACACACACACACACACACACACACGCACACAUGCCAUGGUGGGAGAACACACACUUUCUGCGGGAGUGAACACACACUCAUCACCUCGGGAGAGGAAGCAUCAACCCGAUCCUGUAAAGUGUUUGGGGCUUAACACUGCUGGCUACGUGUGUGUGUGUGUGUGUGUGUGUGAUUAAUUUGAUAAUGUUCAUCACUAGUCACUGAAACACAGUUUCACUGUAACUAAAACUGCAUUUAAGAUCUACUCUCAUGUGAAUAUAUGGGAUUGUACUGUUUAGUUGAGAUUAGUCAUUUAUUUUGAGUUGUGUAAAUAGAACUGCGUAAUAGUAUCUCCAUGUGGCAUAGCCUGGUGUGUAGCAGCCACACACACACACACACACACACAGCAGACUCACUAGUGGAGUGUUUAAUAGUAUCUUUAAUAGUAUGUGGCAUG